UGGUUUUGCUUUGCUGGAUGAACGUUCGAAGUAAACCAAGUCCUCGUAUGUACAUAUUCGAAAGAAAAUAUGGAAAACAGCGAACAAGUACCUGGACAGGAGACCAAGAUCGAUUGGGAAGAUGUGGAUAGAGUGAUUCGAUAUUUGCGUCAGGUGGUUGAUGAUACCGAGGAUGUCAUGAUGGGGGAUCCCAAUUAUCCGAGUGAGAUUCUUCUCAAGGCAGCCAAAGCGCUUCAGCCCGGAUUGCCGGACCAAGAAGUAGUAGCCAUCGCAAAAGCGACUGAAGCGGAUCUGAAGCUAGUGGAAGACAAUUCUCCUUAUGCUGAGGUCCGGGCUUGUGUGGACGCUUUUGAUGAUACUGCACUUCCAGCCAUGACUUUUCGGAUGUGGAUCAUUGGACUAUCAUUAGGAGCACUGGCCGCCGCCUUCAAUCAAUUCUUCCUGGCCCGAAGCCCUGGUAUGGUAUUGGACCAUACUGUGGUACAAGUAGUGGCGUAUCCGAUUGGUCGUUUCUUUGCCAAAGUCUUACCGACCAGAGUCUUCUAUUUUGGCAAGCGAUCAUUCACUUUCAAUCCUGGUCCAUUCAAUAUCAAAGAACACGUCUUGAUCAGUAUCAUGGCCAAUGCUUCUCCCUCACCUUAUGCAACAGGAGUAAUUGGUGCACUGAGAGCUAAAACGUUUUACAACGAUACACGUUUUUCGACCAAGAUUGGCUUCCAACUUGCAUUUGUGACAAGUACGCAACUGAUGGGAUUUGCUUUGGCUGGGGUAACCAGAAGCUUCCUGAUCCAUCAUCGCGAAAUGUUUCCGGUCUCACAUGAUAUGAAUGCAGGUUUGGUGGGAGGUCCUUCCUCAAAUCACUGUUCUACGAGCGUUACAUGGCAAAGACCAUUUACCACCUAUACGCGGCUGGAAGAUAACACAAACGAGAUUCCUCAUCAUAUGCGCAAUUGCUUCCGGGAUUUCUGGACAACCUGGAUUGACCCGAAUAACGUCAAGCUAGCCCUAAUCACUGGAACAGUAACCGGCCUGGGUCUCAAUCCGAUGCCUACCUUAGACUGGAACUUUAUGAUGCAAGGUCCUAUUUUCACUCCAUUGUGGUCUAUAGUCUGUACGAUAGACAUGGGUACAAAUCAUUACAAUGCAAGCAGAGUCCUUGAUCAACUUGGUAGAUUUGAUCAGACCAAGUACAAAUCAUAUAGCCUACCUUUCAUGUCGGCCGCUUUGAUUGUAUUCUCAUGGAGACCUCAAAACCCGAAUCGAAAACCUAGUUACACUUGUAACCUUGCCCUUUAUAGUAGCGUAAUUGUAUAUUCUAUGAUUUACUACAGAAAACAUCUUGUUGGAGGGAUCUCUCACUAUAUAGCAUCGUGGACACCUAGUUUCAAGAGCAACAGGCAGUGUAACUCAGGAGAGCUCUACCAUGCCACAGAUAUUCACUACCGACUCAUGACAGCUUAUCCAGGAGGCAAGUAUCAAAGUGCAUGUAUGAAUAUCAGCUCUAGAACACUGAGGCUUACGUGCCAGACUCAGUUGGCUAUGUGGGGUCUCGUUCUGGGUGAGCUGGUGGGUGGAUACGCUUUUGCUGGUCGUCACUUUACCGUAACAAAAGCUCUUAUAAUAUCGGCAGAUAUGAAAUUUGCUCAUUAUAUGAAGUCCUUGACUGGCAAAUCACAACAUUCCCUGAUCUUUGCGAACGCAAUCAGCCGCAACAUCUCAUUUGUCGAAGUCCAGCCCGAUUGUUCAGCCAGCCAGGAGCACUUUACAAAGGGUGUCUCUACGGAUUCUUGGUUUCAGUUUAGUGAAAGUAAAUCUAUCUAUCCAGGAUUGGAGCCAUCCUUCCUUUUCUACCCUGGAUCGCCGCCAAAAGAUGGCCCCACUCUAGUUGGCGAUACGUGCAAAUACCCCACUUUUAUAUUAUCCUUGUUUUUCCAAGGGUACCUGAAGAGAUGGUACAUGCUUUGGUAUGCAAAAUAUGCCGUAGUGCUAGCAUCUGCAAUACCCGCUGGUAUUGCAAUUUUUGGACUGGUAUACUUUUUUGCUUUCAAGAUGAAUGGACAGGAAUAUAACUGGGCCGGGAACACAAUUUAUAAAAAUGGAUGUGACAACAAAGGUUGUGCCUUGAUGGAUGUACCUGAUGAUGGCUUUGGGCCAAAGUAUUGGGAAUAAAAGCUGUUGAAGUUCUUGUGGGUUUGAGCACUUUUGGUUGAUUGAAGCUAUAGUUCUUUUGACACCACACCACUUGGACACAGGCAAAUGUUAUCUGUCAUGUUGUGUGCAACUUCCCAACGGAAACCUUGUGUAUUGAGUGAAUUUUGACUGUCCAAAUUUCUAGAAACGGAAAAUUUGCCCGGGGUAUACUUGAUCAAAUACUUCACUUUGGAAGCAUAGGGUACCUUGAUACUGGCAAGCUGAUUUAGGCAAAUUUAUCAGAGUAAAAUGAUUCUGAUGAU